CUGGUGAGGAGGGCUGUAGCCCAUCACCAAGCGAGCUGGAAGGUGGGAAGCCUGAAGACAGGCUCGGAGGGAGGUUAUAAAAGGCAGGAGUGAGUGGCUGAGCAAAGAGGAGGACGAAAGGUUCCUGCCUGGCUCCACGCAGCCCCGCUGGGACUCAGCCACGCUCCUUUGCACGAAGCCCAAAGGAUUUUAUCCCCGACGGCAGAAGGAGCCCAGCAGGAGCAGAGCCCACUGCCAACCAUGCCCUGGAGAGCUGGGCACGGUGGGAGUUAAGGAUGGUGCCCAGCCUACGUCCUGCCCUCCCCCUCCUCCUGCAGGCAUUUCUCCUUUGGGAUAGUCCACUUGCAGCUUCCAUCCAAGAGCAGUACUGCGAGAGCCUGCCGCCUGUCACAAACUACACUGGUCCUCAGUGCAACGCCUCGGUAGACCUGAUUGGCACGUGUUGGCCCCGCAGCGCUGUGGGACAGCUGGUAGCUCGUCCCUGCCCCGAGUAUUUCUACGGUGUGCGGUACAACACCACGAAUAAUGGCUACAGGGAGUGCCUCGCUAACGGGAGCUGGGCAGCGCGGGUCAACUAUUCCCAGUGCCAGGAGAUCCUCAGUGAAGAGAAGAAGAGCAAGCUGCACUACCACAUCGCAGUCAUCAUCAACUACUUGGGGCACUGCGUUUCGCUGGGGGCCCUCCUCGUGGCCUUCAUCCUCUUCAUGCGCCUGCGGAGCAUCCGAUGCCUGAGAAACAUCAUCCACUGGAACCUGAUUACAGCCUUCAUCCUACGCAACGCCACGUGGUUUGUGGUGCAGCUAACGAUGAACCCAGAGGUGCACGAGAGCAAUGUGGUCUGGUGCCGCUUGGUCACUGCUGCCUACAAUUACUUUCAUGUCACCAACUUCUUCUGGAUGUUUGGCGAGGGCUGCUACCUGCACACAGCCAUCGUGCUCACCUACUCCACAGACAAGCUCCGCAAGUGGAUGUUCAUCUGCAUCGGUUGGUGUAUCCCCUUUCCCAUCAUUGUCGCCUGGGCCAUCGGGAAGCUGUACUACGACAACGAGAAGUGCUGGUUUGGGAAGCGAGCGGGAGUUUAUACCGACUACAUUUACCAAGGCCCUAUGAUCCUGGUGCUUCUGAUCAACUUCAUCUUUCUAUUCAACAUCGUCCGAAUCCUCAUGACGAAGCUCCGAGCUUCAACCACAUCAGAGACGAUCCAGUACAGGAAAGCAGUCAAGGCCACACUAGUGCUGCUGCCCUUGCUGGGAAUCACCUACAUGCUGUUCUUUGUCAACCCAGGGGAGGAUGAGAUCUCCAGGAUCGUCUUCAUCUAUUUCAACUCCUUUCUGGAGUCCUUCCAGGGCUUCUUCGUCUCUGUCUUCUACUGCUUCUUGAACAGCGAGGUCCGAUCAGCUGUACGGAAACGGUGGCACCGAUGGCAGGACAAGCACUCCAUCCGUGCCCGAGUGGCUCGGGCUAUGUCCAUCCCCACCUCUCCGACCCGUGUCAGCUUCCACAGCAUCAAGCAGUCCUCAGCCCUCUGAGGUGGGAGUGAGAUGCCGUAUGGGAUAGGGAAGCCGACAUUCCUGCUGUGUGGGAUCCCUGACGUGGCUGGCACAGCACAGGAGCCAGGUCCUGCCUGCACCCACCAGUCCUGCAGAGGACACACAAACUCACUGCAGCAAUGGGAAACCCCACAGAAGAUCCUGUCCUGCUUGCUGAGGCAGAGCUGUAGGAUAGGACAGCUGAGACACUACUUUGUUGUCUCCUUGGCAGCAGCGUGACCUGCUGGGGUGGCAGAAGGAGCUGGAGGAACCUGGAGAGGUUGCAGCAACCUCCCUGCCUGCCUCCAUCCUGGGUACAAUGCCCCACGUCCCAUCAUUGCUUCUCUCGAGUUUGUCACUGCUUUGAGGUGACAGGACACAAGGAUGUUGUUGGGACAGAUUACGGAGCUGAUCCUUUGGGCAGUUGGGUCAGCCUUCCAGUGAGCGCAUGCUGGGAUGCUGCUCAGGGGGGUCCAAAGCCCUCUGGGUUGAUGAAGAAGGGACAGAAAGCCCGGACUGAUUGCAGAUAUUGCUUUAUAUGGAUUUUCUUUUUGUACCGCUGGGUUUUUUGAGCCUUUCUCCUAUUCCUCACCAGGUGCCCAGGAGGUCCUGUAACUUCUGCUUGGUCCAACCUGGUCAUUUCUCAUCUCAACACUGAGGAUGUAGGGCAGAGCAAUGGGGUGGGAGAAGGGAGUAAACCAUGCAGGGGAUGGGGAUGGAUCCCAGGGGCUCUGAACAGCCACAGAGAGGGCUCGGUCUGAAGGGAGGCAUGAAGUUGAGUCGAUCCUGUGGUCCACCCCAGCUUAGAUGAGCCCAUAGGUCUUUGCAAAGCCCCCGAUUGGCUGCGUUGCCCCUGCUUAGGGGUGGAAAGACGAGGGAGAGCUGCAGCAAAGCGGUGGCUCAGAAAGGCUACGUGGGGGACACGCUGGGGCUUUGCUCCCCUCCUCCCUGCCCUGCUUUUACCUAUGCAGGCAGACUCAGUGCCAAAGCUGCUCCUUGCUCUUAUGCUGGGGAUGGGGCCAAAUCAUUCCCAUGCUGGGUUAAAGUGCCUUGGAGGAGCGGCAGCCUCCCCUCCGAUGCUGGGGACCACGGUCUGCCUCCCGUGCAGCUCCCGAACACAGGCUCCCCGGUCCCAAAAUGUCCCUGAUCCACCCUGCUGCCCAGAUUCCUGGGGUCACCGAAAGCAGCUUCGCAGAGAAGACAGUGCAAGGUGAAGAGUUUCGCCCUCAUCUCCUCAGAGCCACACUUUUCCCACCUUGUAUGAGGCCUGGGGAUGCUUGAAGGGAGGGGGUAGGGGUGCUGGAGGGGUUACAAGCUAAGUUUGCUCUCUACAUCCCAGUGAUUUUGUCACCGGGGCCCUGCAGGGUCUGAUAUGAGUCCCUUCACACUUCUGUGCCUCAGUUUCCCCACUAUGAGGAACAAGCUUAAGUAUUCCCUUCUCUGAGUAGGCUGAAGCAUCUGAAUUAUUUCUUCAGGAUACACCACUAGAAAGGAGUAAAAGCUUUCUUUUAAGUGAGGCAUAGGCUAAAACCUUCUUUAAGCAUUUGAGAAAUUCAGUAGCUUGAAGCAAAUUACCCCCCAUUUUCCUCCCAUCAAGUUUUCCUACCUGCAUGUCUGCUGUGCAGCCAAACCCAGAAACACCCCAAUGCCUCCAGUAAGAUCCUGGAAGCAGCAACAGCUCCCAGUACGAUGGAAUAACCACAACGAGGACCACAUCUUGCACAUAGGGCUGGUUUUGGUCCUUGUAUAAGUUUGUCCAUCACCAACAGUACCAGAAUUUGCCCCUUAUCAUAGAACCAUAGAAUGGUUUGGUUUGGAAGGGACUUUAAUCUAGUUCCAACCCUCAAUAUGUGAGAAAAAGGCCCCCCCAGAGUUAUGCAAUGGGAAAACUGGCAGCUCCCGGUUAUACAGAUGCUUUCAGAAGGGGUUGAUGCUCUCCCUGCAAUGUGUAGACCUGCGUGUCCCCACCAUGGGUCAGUCUGGUUUCUCUGCAGGAAGCUUUGACAGAGCUAAUAACGAUCUGGCUACGGAGAAGGGGUAAUGCCCAGAGAGCUUUUUUUCAUUGUACAUACAAGUGAUGCUGCCAAAACGCGAUGCGUUGCAUGUCUAAUUUGGAUUUUGAUAAAAUUUUUUGGUAGGAAAGAAGGUGGAAAAUUGGCAAAAAAAAAAAACCAAAGAAAGAAACGCAAACAGAAGUAUCUGUGUUGAUAUCACCAUUUUUUCUUUCUCCUCUCAGUGGUCUCCUCCAACUGACGUGACUUUGCUGGAGCGGUCUGUGUAUUCUCAGCCUUGUUUGAUUAAAAGUACUUUGA